GCUUCAUGAAUCUUGACCUAUAUUAUUUAUUUCACACGCAUUGAUAACAUGAAGUAUUCGAUGCUCUCAAUCGCGGCCAUUGUCGCCCCUGCCCUGGGAAAUCCAGCCUACUUCUGGCGACAGUAUGUCCCUCAUCGAAUCCAUCCUGCUAAUGCUGGUACCAUCGACAUCACGAACUAUGUCCCAAUCAAUGUGCACGUGGAUGUAGAACCACAGGGAUAUCAGUACACUGUUGUACCUGGGGGGCAGCAAUCGGUUCCAGGUGCACCAGUCGCGGACGUGAAAUUUAACGGUCAAGUAGAAGUGAGCUAUGUUUCCGGUGAUCAAGGCACGUUUAACUAUGUCAUCAAUCCAAUUGGGGGUGGUUUCCCUGGAUGUGUCAAUGUUUCACCCAACGGAUGUGGUUCUUUGACCUGGUGUCCUGGAGAACCUCCGACAAACCCAGUGACCUGCCCUGCUGGUACUGAGCUCCCUGUAACCUUGUAUUCACCUAGCUAUAUGUGGAGGGAACGUGAAUUCCUGCUGUAA